UCCUUGACUUGAAAACAAAAAAAUCAUGUUAGAUUAUCUUGUAAACGUGAACUAUCACAGACGUUAAAUCGACUGGAUUUUGUGUCUGAAAAACUGAAAAGAAAUUGUUAAUUUAUUAUUUCCUGAUUUGUGCGCAAUUUUAAGGUUAAGUAAACUUUUUGGGGGAUCUGUCCGAAUCUCUUCUCUUAAUGUAAGUUCGAUUUUUUUCUUGAAUAAUGCAAUCGCAUUUUUCCAGAUCCUGAAAGCAAGUUUGGACAGGUAGCUUGCGCGCGCACACGCCCUUCUGUGAGCACAGGUAUCAGAAUCAGGAAGCGCUUGAGCCGUCAAACAAACACAAUCCACCAUGCACGAAUCACGGAUUUAAAUCAAACAACGAUUUGUAAAACAUAAACACAUAUUAUUUUGGAAAGUUCAGGAAUCUCUGAAGGAGAACGAUGGGCUCGUGUGUGUUUCCAGUGUUCAUUGGAUUGGUUUUACUGCAGAUUCAAAAGAUCUCAGAGUGUUAUGAAAUGGAGGUGACUCCUGACUCUGGCACCAUCGUAAUUUUCAGCAAGAAGGAAGGACAGCGUCUGGACUGUAGUGUGUGUAAGGAUGCAGGUCCUUCUCAAACCUGUAACUCCGUCCUCAAACUUACUGAAGCUCGGCCCACCAACGUGACUUUCAACUGCUCUCAGCCGGGGGACAUCUUUACUGUGGAGAUCAACCAACAGAUCGAUUGCUCAACAACAGGCUGUAGCAUCGUUGCAGUGCAUCCGGAUUCGACAAGAUUCCUGGAGUUCAGCAGAACCUUCACCUGGGAUCUGAAGGUUCAGGCAGGCAGGAUGUUUCAGCUGGACUUCCCAUCUCCAGGAAUGAGACAGAUCAAGCCUUCAGAAUCCUGUCCAGACAAACACACCUACACCAUCAUCACAUACCAGCGUGCAGGACCAGCCACCAUCGGCACGUUCUGUGGGAACGGUACCAUCAGCCGUAUCCAGGUCUUGUAUAGAGGUCGAGUGACUCUGGAGGUUCCCAAAGGGACAGACCUGAACCCAUCUAACUUCAAAGUGUCCAUGGGACCAGCAGCAACAGCACUAGUUGAGGUGGACGUCAAGCUGUCCAGAGGACCCUCAUCUGCUGAUUUCUUCACACCAAAUUACCCCACAGGCUACUACAAUUUAGAAAAAAUUAAGUGGAACUUUGUUGUUCAGCCUAUGAACAAUUUUACUGUUUACUUUCGACAAUACACUGCACCAGAAUGCCAAAAGAACACUGUUAUGUGUGAUUAUACACUGGGAGACAAGACUUCAAUCACAAAGGCCCCAACUGACAUUCAGCCGACUAAUAAACAGGGAGAUUUCAGCCUGACUCUGACCAAUUGUGAUGCGAGGAAAGGGGAGAUAGUUCCUGGGCUUUCCUUGAACUUCAACGUGGAGGUGUUCAGGAGUGGGACUCCAUAUGUUUGCACUGUGGAUCUCCGGAAUGAGGAGGGAUUGAGCCUGCAAAUAGAAAAUAAAAACCCAGAGUCGUACUGUGAAAUGAGCUUGAACUCUGAGAUACAGGAGAAAAUAGUGGUUCCUGCAGGCACCAAAGCUGACCUGUCCUUCCUCGACUGCCCUGUGCAGGAUCUGCAGCUGACAGCCACCAAAGUCAUAGACUGUCCGAGUGUGUCUGCCCGUGACGUCAGUGGGACGCUCCUCACGAUUCCCGCUCUGGACUCUAGUCUUCCUGUCCCCCUCCAUCAGUUCACCUGGCUGCUCCGUGUGCAGGAUCAAGGCACCGUGGAUCUCAUGUCUCCAAAAGGAAGCCUGCACCAGUCUGUACCAGACAAGCAGUGUAAUGAGAGAGUCUUGCUGGUCAUCUCUGAGACCGAUGGCUCCAACAUUGGCCUGUUUUGCUCUGCAGCUGAAGGCGCUGUCCAAAAAAUCCAAAUCAAAGGGAAUGUUUCCAUUACUGUAACGCCUAAUAAUACAAAAGACCUGAGCCAGGAGAAAGAACCUUUCUUAAAAGUCAGCACUAGUCCAGAGAUCACUGAAAAUGUAAUCUACACUGUAAUUCCUCUCAUUUUGGGACCCAUGUACCUUGCGACACCAAACUGGCCCGACGGCAUGAAUUCUUCCUCGUCUGUCUCAUGGAUCAUCUACGUUCACCAAGAGUACACGGCCGAGCUGAUGUUCUCCAAUAUCGUCAACCCCACAUGUGACUCGGGUCACACCGAGGUCACAGUCGGACCACUGGACUCUCAAGUUCAAACACAGACCUGGAGAGAAGAUCAGAGCUUCCCCAGCCCCAUCAUCCAGCAGCAGAGCUUCUACCUGAACAUGUCCAACUGCGAGCCCAAGAGCGGCCGCUUCGCUGUGCUCUCAAAGAUCAGUCUGCAGAAGGAAUCCAAGAAGUUCCUGGGCAUUAUCUUGGCUGUAUUCGGGGUGCUGUUGUUGUUGAUAAUCAUCGCACUUAUAGUUGUGUGCGUCAUUCGAAAACGGAAAAACAAAUCAAAUGCCAACAGAUCCUCCAUCUUUAUACCCCGAGGGAAAAAUGUCCUCCCAGGAAACGCCACCUUCCCGAAAUCCAGAGCAGACAAUGAGUCCCAUGUCUAUGCCUCUAUCGACGACUCCACCAUGUACGGACAUCUGGACAAGAACCAGCCUGCAGAGGUUGACAGUGGAGCCUGGAGCAAUGGACAUCAGGUGGAUGGGUACCGUCCGUUCACCGGCCCCACGGACUCCAUCCCAGCAGCUGCGGACUCAUCUGCUGAAUAUUCGCUGGACAGAAGAGAAGGAGAUGUAUUUCAGCCUUUCCUAAACCCAGCCACCACCUUUAACCUCCCAAGGCCUCGCACGCCGCUCAUAUCGCAGGGAAGCUUAAGAUUCGAAGAUCGUAGGAUGAUGGAUAAUACGCUGAACACUUUCAAGGGUGCCGGGGAUAUAAAUCCCAUUCGUCUGUCUGCUGAUGAAUCCAGACUACAACUGCAAAUGGAUUCAGACUCGGAUUCAUAUCCUGAGCCAGAAUACGAGGACGCCAUGUGAGAAUGAGGAUCUAAUUCAAUGGCUGAUCGGUAAAACUGUGUCAGAUUUUAUUGAGAGAGCAGAAAAGCCAUUGGCUGCUAGCCUGUGCAUGUGUGCACACAAAGACAAUGUGUUUUUUUCUUCUAAAGCUUUGAACUAAUGCAUAAAGGACAUGCUCUCUCUCGUCGCUCUAGUGGUCGUGUGUAUCUUGCAUGUAUAUUUGAUCAAAAAUUGGGUUUGAAAGGGGUUUUUUAUGGGCCUUUAGCCUGAAUGUACAGAAAUAAUGCUCUUGUUGGAGCUGUUUGAGAGCCGAAUCCCUUGGUGGAAGGGUUCUGUGACUUUCUCUGUUGGAUUUUUUUUGUAUGUUUUAACAGUGAUUUUCUCCAGGCUACAUGUUUCAUAUGUGUUUGUUAAUAAAUUCUGUACGUUUACUUCAUGCAUUCCUAAAAUAAAUUCUCAAGCAUUUUAAUAGAUGUUCCUCUCUGUUCAGAAUAUAUUAGGAAUGAAGAUAAUCACACAGACCAGAAUCAGAUGUAGAGUUUUCACAUUUUCUCCAAUGGUUUGAUACUAAUAAAUAUUUUUUUAUGUCAUAAUCAAUAAAUUGUUGAGAUUAAGUAUUCUGUCUUGUCUACAUAAAAAAUAAAAAACUACAAAUCGGUCAUUAAAGUCUAAAACUAAA